UUUCUAUAUGUCUCCCUCAUAACAUAAACCUUUCCCAAGUCUUAUUACUCACCUCAAACCACAACUACUCAAUAUCUCUCCCACAUUAUCAUAUUUUCUCUUUUUCUUUUUUGUCUUUUUCUUGGUCUUUUACUUUCUUUUUCUAUUUUUUCUUAAUAGUCAUGAGAGCUUAUCCUCCCUAUGAAAAAAUCUCCAAAUGCAACACCACAGGCCGAUCGAAUGAAACGGUUGCUGCAAGCUUAGAUGGAACUCUUCUUGUGUCUUCAAGUGCUUUUCCUUACUUCAUGCUUGUUGCUGUUGAAGCAGGAAGUUUCUUAAGAGGAAUAGUACUACUGGCUUCAUUCCCAUUUGUAUAUUUCACUCACUUGUUCAUAUCCGAAUCCAUGGCAAUCGAAAUCCUAAUCUUCAUUUCUUUCGCGGGUUUGAAGAUUAAAGACAUUGAGCUCGUGUCAAGAUCUGUUCUUCCUAAGUUCUACACCGAGGAUGUUCAUCCAGAAAGUUGGAGGGUUUUCAAUUCUUUUGGGAAAAGGUGUAUAAUAACUUCGAGUCCAAGAAUCAUGGUUGAACAUUUUGUGAAGAACUUCUUAGGUGCACAUAAGGUUCUUGGAACUGAACUUGAAGUGACAAAGUCAGGAAGAGCAACUGGUUUUGUUAGGAAACCAGGUGUUCUUGUUGGAGAAGGAAAGAAAGAAGCUAUUCUUAAGGAAUUUGGAGUAUGCUUGCCUGAUUUGGGUCUUGGAGAUAGAGAAAGCGACCUUAAUUUUAUGUCAAUCUGCAAGGAAGGUUAUAUGGUCCCAAGAACAAAGUGUGAGCCAUUAUCAAGAAAAAAACUCCUAAGUCCAGUCAUAUUCCACGAUGGACGUCUAGUUCAAAGACCAACCCCACUUCUUUCCCUUUUGACAUUCCUAUGGUUGCCAAUUGGUAUAAUCCUAGCCAUUCUCAGAAUCUAUCUCAUAAUCCCUUUCCCUGAGAAAAUUUCGUUUCACACGCAUAAGCUUCUAGGAAUCAAACUCAUCGUAAAAGGUACUCCACCACCACCACCAAAGCACAAAGGACAAAGCGGAGUUCUCUUUGUGUGCAAUCACCGAACACUUAUAGACCCAAUUGCCACAUCAAUUUCAUUAAGAAGAAAAAUAAGCUGUGUUACUUAUAGCAUAAGCAAAUUCAGCGAGCUGAUAUCGCCGAUCAAAGCGGUUUCGUUAUCGAGGGAGAAAGAGAAAGAUGCAGCCAAAAUCAAAAGCUUGCUUGAAGAAGGUGACCUAUUGAUUUGCCCUGAAGGGACUACUUGCAGAGAGACAUUCCUUCUGAGAUUCAGUGCACUUUUCGCCGAGCUUACAGACAGAAUAGUGCCUGUUGCUAUUAACACUAAGCAAAGUGUUUUCUAUGGGAAUACUGUAAGAGGGUACAAGUUUUUGGACCCUUAUUUCGUUUUGAUGAAUCCGGUUCCUGUUUAUGAGGUUAACUUCUUGGAUCAGUUACCCAUUGAGCUUACUUGCAGAGGGGGUAAGUCAGCCAUUGAAGUUGCGAAUUAUGUUCAAAGGGUUUUGGGUGUUACACUUGGUUUUGAGUGCACAAAUUUGACUAGGAAAGACAAAUAUACUGUCCUUGGAGGUACAGAUGGUCGGGUUUCGACGUGAGGAUUUUGGAUCAUAUAUUUUUAUGUUUGUCUUCUCGUGUGUACAAUAAAGCUUAGCCAGAAGAGUAGCAACGUGGCAGCAUGUGGUUGGUCUCAGAAUUUUUCUUUCUUUUUUUUUCUUUUUAAAUUUUAUGGUAGCAUUAAAAUCCAGUGUGAUACUGUGAUUAUAAAUCAUAUAGAAAUGACAGUGUGGGUUUGUGUACAUUGCUAUAUAUAUAUAUAUAUAUAUAUAUAUAUA